AUGGCGAGACUCACGGGGUCGUGGAAGGCCCUAUUGCCCCUUGCGCUUCUGGGAGGACAGAGUUUUGCGCAAUCAUGUCUUGAUGCCAUCAACGACGGCCAGGUCGACGCAUGUGUCUGUAACGAGCUCGAAUACGUCGUCAGCUACGUCGCUUACGUCGCGCUCUCAACAUCGCUUACAUCCAACUGCGAAGCGCUACCGACUUCGACACUGAAGAUUUCGUCAUCUUCAUCUACCUCACUAUCAGAUCCUUCAGGGAACUCAUCGUCGGACGCGUAUGGAAAUGGAGGAACUUUCACAGACAGGGGCAGUUUUGCUCAGGCGACUGCUGGGGGCAACUUCCUGCCCAGGAGACAACUUCCGUCUGGCGCGUCGUCUUUCGAUUUCCGACUACCGUACUACACGAUAACGAGGUCCGGAACAGCUUCGGCAACCCCGAUUACGGUGUCGAGCUUCAACAACUACACGAGCCUUUUUACAUCGAACCCCAUCUCGACGGCCCAGACUCUGGUAGUAUCGACGCCAACCGCAGCCGCCUCCGACGACCGAUCACUCGCCCGCGGCACAAUCUGGGUUGCCAUUCCGGAUGGCAGGAUUGAUUAUCCACCUCCUGUAACAUCGACGGUGUAUUGGAGUGGGAAUGGCUCGCUUUCUGCUCCAUCUACGAUAUCGACCAUCCCGCCAAAGGCUGAGACUUAUAUCGUUGCCAUCAACAGACCGGCCGACGCCUCUGCACAAAGCGACUUCCCUGCACAGAGUGACAUUCCGUCGCAGAGUGAUCCUCUCCCGCAAAGCAAUGUUCCGCAAAGCGAUGUUCCGCAGAGCAAUGUUCCACAGAGCAAUGUCCCGCAGACUGAUGCUCCCGCGCAGAGCAAUGCUCCCACGCCUAGCGACGUUACCUUCCCGCAGAGCUACGAUCCUGCGCAGAGCGACAGCCCCUUACCGCAGAGCAAUGCGCCCGCGCCGAACGACCCCAGACCUUUCGUCACAUCGGUUGUUCAAUACUCCGGCUCUGCCUCAGUCAACGGCCCGACGACAGUUAGCAUCAUUUCUCCGGAUGGUGAUCAGGCUGGAACAGUUGUGGUGGCAGUGCCCCCGAUUGCUUCUGCCGGAGGAGGCUCACCUCCUUCAUUCAUCACGUCCGUGGUGCCGAAUCAGUCGCCGUCUGAACCUGGCCCGGGAGGAGAUGGCGUCAGUCAGCCCCUUUUCAACAUUGGGACCGAGGGUUUGGUGGCUUCUCAGGUCACAACUGAGAUUGAGUACACGAACUCUUUGGCUGCGACCGUGACUGUGACUAGGACUCUUGACGCGUUUGUUGCGACUCCCAGCGGAACCCAGCCUGGUACAGUCUUCGUCAUUCAAGCGCCCUCAAACGCUGCCAACCCAGGUGCGGGAAGCACACCAGGCACGGGUCCUGAUGGUCAGCCCCUUGAAGCCUCUUUUGCACCUGGCUCAGGAGCAACGGCAAACCCGAACCCAGGAAGCCCUGCUGCUAGCAACGAUCCUGUACGCGGGCCUGCUGGAACCGGUGCGCCGAGUCCGAACGCGACCGGAGGCAGCGGACCGGGUCAGAACCCCAGCCAAUCUGGAUUACCGCCAUCCGGCCCCCAAGCUUCCCCCGCGCCUACGCCCGGCGGAUCAUCUCCGGGAGGCCCUGGUGAUGUGGUUCAGCCCGGUCUCUAUGUGACCUCUGAGAUCCAGUACACGGGAACUCUUCAACUCCCAGGACGUGUAACAAUCUCUUCGAUUGCUCCGCAAGGCACAGCUCCGGGUACGAUCAUCGUCGCUGUUCCUCCCGGCCAGGCUUCAGCCGGUGGCUCUGCCGGUCCUUCGAAUGGUGGUCUCCCGAACAACCAGUCACCGGCCGGUCAGCCAAACAACGCAGACCCAACAGCCUUCUUCAACACCCUGGCGGCACCUGGCGCGACGGCUGCUACUGGCGCUGGUAAUGCUGGUUCUGGAGCAUCAGCUCCUGUCAACGGCGGAACUCCUGGUGCCCCAGCAGCAACCGACCCUGCAACUGGACAGCCGCUGACCAACCCCGAUGUCUUGUCCGCGGCAGCCUACAUCACAUCAACCGUCACUUCCGCUGGUCUUAGUGUUCCGAGAACUACCAUCGCCACCAUUGCCCCUCAAGACUCUCGACCGGGAGUGUUCGUUGUUGCGGUUCCGAAUAACCCAGUCAGCUCUGGAGGCUCAGCUGUACCCCAGUCUAAUGCUCCCGGUGCGCAAGUCCCUGGACAAACUGUCCUGCCUCAGACCAUUCAGCCGCAAGGGGCUGUGUCGUCAGCUGGAGCUCAGUCAAACGUUCCCGGGGCUCAGUCUAACAUUCCUGGGGCCCAAUCCAAUGUUCCUGGAGCCCAGUCCAAUGUCCCCGGUGCUCAGUCUAAUGCUCCCGGUACACAAGCUCCUGGAGUAACCGUUCAACCUCAAAGCAUUCAGCCUCAAGGAGCUACUUCAUCAGCUGCGCAGGGCAGUGUACCAGGACAAGCUGCAUCUCAAGGAGGUGUCAAUCCCGGCGCGACAGCAGCGACUCCGGGUGCCAACACCGUCCCGGGAGCCGGAGACCCCUUGGCUCAGGGAAUUGUUACUGUCACCUCGACUGUCUUGUUUACGGGGCCGGGUCAGAUUACUGCCCCGACAGCAAUUUCUACGAUUCCAGCCAACGGUAACAGCCCGCCGACUGUUAUUCAGGCAAUUCCUGAUCUCUUCGUAACUGUCACCAUCACCGUCACCGCAGCGGACCCGACUCUUCAGCCGACGGCUUUCUCUACGGUGCAACCGACAGGAAACACUCCGGGUACAGUUCUAGUAGCAGCGCCCGCCUCAUUUGUCACAUCACGAGUGCUCUUCACCGGCCCUGGCUCGAUCUCGGCGGCCACUCCGAUUUCGACGAUCUUGCCUCAAGGGACUACGCCAGGAACAAUCAUCUUGGCGCAACCCUUCGUGAGCGUCACAUCAACCAGGCCUGGCAGCACUGCUAGAACUGGACCAGCGGGCACGGUAACAGUCGUGACUACGAUCUUCCCGUCCAACGGCCCUGCAACGGUCGUCUUUGCUGAGCCUGAUCCGACAGCUCCCCUCUUCGGCUCCUUCGUGACAUCUGUUGCGAGUGCCGCGAGCAACAUUGCGUCUUCAGCUCUUGUUCCGGUGUCGACUGUCUUGCCACAAGGUUCAGUUCCCGGAACGAUCGUGUUGGGGCAAUCCGCCGCGCAGACACAGCCUGCUCCAGCUAGCAGCGGAGGCGCAUCGCCUGCUAACACCCCAGCAGGUGCAGGAACAUCACCACCGGCUUUGGCCAGCUCCAUCGCUAAUGCUCAGUCCUCACCUGCUGCUGGUGGUUCUCAAGCGGUGUCGUCGCCUGCUGGCGCUGCGACAUCGCCACCGGCUUUGGCCAAUUCCAUUGCUAGUGGCCAGUCCUCGCCUGCCGCUGCUGCUUCGCAAGCUGUGCCAUCAUCAUCUGCUCCGGGUAUCCCGAAUACGGGGGCACAAGCUGCCUCACCGGGGGCCUCUGCCGCAAGCUCGCAAGUGCCUUUGGACAACUUUCUCGGAAUUACUGGACCGACAACUCUUGCCACUGCUACCGUGGACCCCAACGAUCCUAACGGUACUCGAGGUGGUAGAGGUCUUGUGACUCGUUUUAUCACCUCAGCUGGUGUCACUGGAUCCACGACUGUGUCUACCAUUGUUCCUACGGACCCGCUGCUGGCAAUCACAGUUGUGGUCAUUGUACCGGCGCUUCAGCAACCUGACAUAACUACUCCCGCUACUUCCACCGGUAGAGGUAUCACAACUAGCUUCAUUACCUCUUCAGGGGUCACCGGAACAACGACUGUCUCUACCAUCACUCCGUCGGAUCCGCUCCUGCAGAUCACGGUUGUGAUUAUUGUGCCAGCGCUGCUGCAACCUGCGGCAACUACCCCGGCCAUUUCGUCCGCCAACACAGGUGUACAGGGGGCCUCGCAGACAUCUUCUGCUCCGGCUCAGUCGGCUACAUCAGUCCCAGCAGCGGUGUCAUCCUUGCUCGUGGACCCGGCGAUUCUAUCAUCAGCUAGCUCUGUCCUAGGUCAAUCGUUCGUUCCUACUCCGUCGAACUCGUCACUGCCUCAGUCUUCUGCCGCGGCUUCUCCUGCGGCUCAGAGUUCCUCAGCUGGUCAGUCCAAUGUGCAGCAGCCAUCAACCACUCCCGCGGCUAGCUUGAGCGCUUCUCAACCCAUUUCAUCCUCGGUGGGAAGCACUCAAAUUGGAUCGUCGAACGCUGCGAGCAUUGCUCCUUCAAGCGACGCUGCUCUCGGACAGUCCUUUGUAAGCUCGACUGGAGUUGGAACUUCAUCAGUUGAUCCAGCCGCUUCAUCGUCUGCAUCUGUGGGACCAGGGACCUUUGUUGCUAGCACCUCAGGCCCCAGCGGUGUUGUUUCUGCUACGCCAGGCGUUUCUCAAUCCGCAUCUGUUGAUCCGCAAUCACUGGCAUCCUCUUCAGAAGCACCAGCUUCCGGAGGGCCUUCGUCAAGCGAUUUCUCGUCACAGGCUGUUGGCUCUGUUUCGUCUUCGGGCUCUCCCCAAACCUCAACAGCAGCUCCUGUCGUCUCCUCGUCAACAUUCCUGACUACUUCAGGCGGCUCAACCUUCUUGACUACAGUAGUCCAGACAUCGAGUGAGAUUCCGGAAAGCCAAGCAUUCCAGUCAAGCGGCACCGCAGCGUCUACCGCAAGUGAUCCCGCCUCUGGGUCAGUGUCUGCUUCUGCAAGCCUCUCAGUCUCACAGUCUGAGUUCGCUUCGUCAUCCGGUACUGCCCCAGCAUCUUCAAGCAUUGGUUCCAUCUCUUCGGACCCGGCCGUCUCCAGUCAAUCUGCGGCAGAAACCCCGAGCGCUUCCGUGUCGAUCUCAGACUUUGAUAUCUUCAGCUCGUCCUCAGCGCAAAGCCAGGCUAGCUCCGUGUCUGACCCCGCAGUCUCCAACGGAACGCUCACUCAAUCUUCCGCUGCUCUUAGCUCGGAAAUCUCAUCAUUUGCGACCAUCUCUGAGAGUGCCAGCCCUGCCCCGUCAACAGGCCUUUUGACGUCCUCCGCUGAAACUCAGUCUGGCUUGACCUCCAGCUCUGAGGCACUUGGAGCUUCGUUGAUCUCUACGACUCUGACUUCCCUCAUCACAUCAGACGGAAUCACUUCGGUUUCAACGACUGUCCUUACGACGGCGAUUAGUGCUUCCCAGCCUACUGAGACAGCAUCAGGCGACACCAUUUCCCCCAGUGCCUCCUCGGCUCUGACCUCAACAGACCCAGACUUUGCAUCGCUUACGUUGUCUACCGCCAGUUCUGACAGCUCGACUAGCAACUCGGCCACAGAUGCUUCAGCGUCCUUGAGCGCGUCCACGGAGGCGAGCAGCGCUAGCUUCGAAACAUCAGCUUCUGAUGCUUCCUCGUUCACGUUGUCCGACAUUACCUCAGCUUCUCUCAGUAGCGAGGCCACUAUUUCAGGCAGCACGGCCUCGGCUUCGGCCUCUGAUACAGACACUGCCUUGUCGAACGUGUUCAGCAGCCCUUCGUCUUCAGAAUCUGUCAUCGUCACCGCAAGCACCGACUCUGCGGGCUCGUCAGCUACCACUUUCAGCUUCACAAGCACACCUGAGAGUAUCACCACGGACUCGGCGUCGACCCUGUCUUCAGCCUUCUCUGACUCGAGCUCAUUCAGCAGUGUCAGCGCUAGCGAGACAAACAGCGCAAGCACAACUGAUACUUUCAGCGACGUCUUCCAAUCCACAGUCAGCACAGAUUCAGCAUCUUCUCAGAGUACCGGUUCCGCUAGUGACAGCUUCACCAGCUUCGCCACAUCUUCUGGUCCAGCCAGUGCGACCAGUAAUAGCGCACUUACGUCCGACCCCACGUCGUCAUUUGGAUCAACGUCUGUGGAGGAGGCUUCAUUCAUCACAACCAGCGACGGGACCUCGACCUUCGUGACUUCGGUCUCGAUCUCGAACCCCACGACUCAGUCAUUCUCGGAUGAGACAUCAAGCGCUUUCUCAACCGAGUCAUCAAUCUCGGCGUCAGACCUGACCUCAUCCGCGUUCACCACCGACUCGGCCUCCACUAACUCUGUAUCUGAUCCCACUUCUGGCUCAUUCAGCUCCGAGGUCUCCUCAAUCACUCCGACAACGUUGUCUUCUAUCUCCGGCGAGUCCGCAUCUUCUGUCUCACUCACCGACUCUUCGGCGCUUGGCCAAUCCCUAGUGUCCUCGUCGAGUGACGAGACGGGCUCGGCAACUUUGUCCACGGCACAGACCUCGGCAUCAUUCACCUUGCCGACGCUGACGUCCGUCACAGACUCGGCGUCUCUCUCCGAGUCCAACACGGCCUCUAGCUUCGUGACGCCCACGGUCUCGUCAGAGAGCAGCAUCAGCACCACCUCGGGACUUUCCACCACCGAUAGUUUCUCGACUGGGUCGGGCCUGUCGACUGAUAGCUUCUCAACCGAAUCGGCCCUUACUUCUCAGUCAGAGUCUGCUUCAUCCGCAAGUGAGUCCGGGUCGACUUCGCUGGACCUUGACACGUUGAUUAGCACGACGAAUUCCGGUGAGUCGACGAUCUCUAGCGGCACAGAGACGCCAUCGACCUUGAGCUCCGCUUUUACGACGGAGUCUACGGAUUCGGCCUUCUCUAGCAGCACAGAAUCGGUCUCUGGAGUCACCUCGGAUCUCACAACAGCAUCAACUGAGUCCGGUUUCUCAACAGCGUCGACGGAAUCUGGUUUGUCAACAGCGUCAACUGAGUCGGUAGUCUCACAGACUUCCACAGCCUCAGACCCCACCAUUACUAUCAGCUUUAUCACCUCGUUGGAGACCACCGAUUCAGCAGGUUUCCAGUCAUUCACCACCUUCACGACCAGCUCAGAAGUGAGCAUCUCGACAGACUCAUCCGCCGCGAGUAUUUCGAGUGAUUCUGAGAGCACAUCGUUCACGUCGUUCUCUUCCGCCUCUGAAACUGACUCCGUCACUUCUCUUUCUUCCGACAGCUCGCUGAGCUCCUUCACGGACAGCAGCUCGUUCUCGGUGGAGACCACCUCUGGCAACAUUGCGUCCAGUGAAAGCACCUCCAGCGACACGGCCUCCACCCAAUCUGCCGUGUCGACAGGAAGCACUUCAUCUGAUUCUCUUCAGGACAGAUCUCUGGAGUCAACAUCCACGGACAGCGGUACCGAGUCGACUCUGUCUAUUUCAACCGCAUCUAGUGAGAGUUCAAUCAGCUCGAGCGAUGCUACCACGACGUCUGGGUUCACGUCUAGCGAGACUGAGUCUUUCUCUACUCUGCCUAGUGCUUCCCCAGGCGCCACCACGAGUCUCUCAUCAGUUGAGACGGGCACCACAUCCAGCUUCUCUGCAUCCGAGUCGGACAUCACUUCAACCAGCCUGGACCCAUCGACCGGUUCUACUACGCUGGCAAGCGAGACCAUCCGCUCCGCAACUAGCCUGGAGUUUGAUAGUCUGUCGUCCUCGACUGACUCGCUGUCUACUGGUUCUGUGAGCAGCGGCGAUAGCACGAUCUCCUCAUUUACAGACUCGGCCUCAACAGACUCUGCCUCGACAGACACCUCGUUCAGCUUGACGACAUCGACUUUCGAGUCUUCAGGCUCCUUGACUGAGUCUAUCUUCACUCUUACCCCUAGCACAACGAGCAACUCGUUCAGCUCAGAGUCCAUCGCCUCUGAGUCGAGUGAGAGCUUGACCAGCGACAGCGCUUCAAUCACCGGUACCUCGGCGUCAUUGACUGCCUCAAGUGAGACCGAUACUACACUAUUCGACAGCUUCUCUCCUACUUCGACGCUCUCUGACAGUGCGUCAACGGACAGUAUUUCGACGGCUAGCAUCUCAACCGACAGCAUUUCCACUGAUAGCGUUUCGACUGCUAGUAUCUCUACGGAAUCCAUCUCCACAGAUAGCAUCUCAACUGCUAGCAUUUCGACGGAUUCUAUCACAACCGAUAGUGCUUCGACCGACAGCUUCUCCACCGCCAGCGUUUCGACCGAUUCCUUCUCCACCGACAGUGUUGCCACGGACAGUCUCACGACCGCGAGUGCAUCGACGGACAGCAUUUCCUCUGACACCAUUACAGCGAGUGCCACCUUCUCAACUGACUCUGCGUCUACCGAUAGCAUCUCCACAGACAGCGCCUCCACGGAUAGCAUCGACCCCCAGAGCCUUGUUUCCACUGACUCUGCUUCAUCCGACAGCAGCGCAACCGGCUUGACAACUCUCAGCGAUGCUACUAGCACGACGGACUUCAGCGUGUCUCUCUCAAUGGACUCCGUGACGAGCGCUUCGGACACCAGCGGUCUAACCACUGGAACUGAGUCGACAGACUCAGUAACGACUGCAUCGGAGACCAGCGCGUUUACCACUGGAACCGAAUCGACAGACUCGGUAACAAGCGCCUCGGACACCGCCAGCGGGCUGACUACUGGCACCGAGUCGACAGACUCGAUUACGACCGCAUCAGAAACCAGCGCUCUCACGACUGAAACUGCGUCUACGGACUCGCUUUCUUCCUCGAGCGCGGCCACAAGUGACUCCAGCCAGUCAGUGGAGAGUCAGAUCUUCCAGACCGUAUCCUAUGAUAGCACCGCGUCGGUGUCGACCGCGACAGAGUCAACUCUGUCCGACAUCACAGCAUCAGAGAGCACGGUGUCGGAAAGCACGGCAACCGGCAGCGCCUCAACUCAGAGCACGUUCUCUGACAGCAUUACUACCGACAGCACUGCAACGGGCAGCACUGCCAGCGAGACUGGAAUCACUUCCAGUAGCGAGAGUGUCUUGACCGAUGCUUUCACCACCGAGAGCACCGCAACGGAUAGUACUGCUACAGAGAGCAUCACUUCUCAGAGCACGGCAUCAGACAGCGCCAUUACUCAGAGUCUGUCGACAGAGAGCACCGGCACAGAAAGCACAGCGAGCGAGACUGGAGUCAGCUCCAGCAGCGAGACUGUGUUGACUGAUGCUUUCACAACUGAGAGCACGGCGACCGAUAGCAUCUCGACUUUGAGCACGGAAAGCCAGAGCACAGCUACCGACAGUGCGGCGACCGAUAGCAUCUCAACACAGAGCACUGCCACAGAGAGCACGGCAUCCGAUUCUGGAGUUUCCACCAGUAGCGAGUCAGUUCUGACUGAUUCCCUCAUCACUUCGGCAACCGACAGUAUCUCGUCGCAGAGCACUGCCACAGACAGUACUGCUUCCGAGACUGGAGCGUCUACCACUAGCGAGUCUGUUCUUACUGAUGUCUUUACUACUUCAGCAAGUGAGAGUACGGCCAGUGAGAGCACGGCAAGUGAUAGCACAGCAUCAGGAAUCACAGCAACGGACAGCAUCUCAACAGAAAGUACAGCUACGGACAGCACAGCAAGUGAGACUGGGGCCUCGUCUAGCAGCGAGACUGUUCUUAGCGACGCUUUCACCACCUCAACUCAGGACUCGACAUCCUUGUCGGAAAGCAUCAGCGCUACGGUUGUCACUUCUGAUGGUAUCACAACCACGCUGUCAGAUCUUACCACUGCCUCCACAGACAGUGCCGCGUCAGACAGUUCCUUGUCCACAGCUACCGACGCUUCUCAGACAGGCUCGGAUAUCUCCACCGCCAGCGAGACUACUGCAUCUGGAGCCACGUCCUCAGACGCCACGGCCACAUCAGACUCAGAAACAGCGACUGCAUCGGACGCUAGUAUCUCGGCUUCAGAGACUGCCUUGUCGAACGCAUUCUCUUCUCCUACAAGCGACUCCGUCACUGCUUCCACCACUGGGGAUACCUCUUCGGCGUUCACAGGAACGACACUGUCAGACGGUCUUUCAAUCACCGCCACUGAUUCGACGACCCAGGUUAGCUCAACUAUUUCUUCCGACGGAGAGACAGCCACCACAUCGGAUGCUAGCAUCUCAUCGUCAGAGACUGUCUUGUCAGAUGAAUCCUCUUCAACUACAGCUGACGCAUCGACUGCGUCUGAUGUCUCUUCGACAGCGACGGAUCCAACGGGUGAGAGCACUACUCUCUCUGACACGCUCAUCACCAGCGCCCCUUCAACUUCGGAUACGGCCACCGUCAGCACUGCCGCCUCCUCGGAUGACACUAGCCUGCUAUCGGAUGUCGUGUCAUCUACUGACAGUCUGACGACAGAUGGCGCAAGCUCCACGGAUGCCUCAGCGUCUUCCACGGACACCAUCACUUCCGCCGAUGCUACGGCUACGGAUAGCUCCAGUGUCCUUUCAGACCCGACCGCCUCAUCUGACACUCUGACUUCAGCUUCCGCCACUUCCUCGGAUGACGCUCUAUCCAACGUCUUCUCAUCGACUGACGCUACUGCCACGUCAGACAGCAGCGCAUCAGACACUGCCUCGGCGUCUGACACCGGCAUCACCAGUCCAGCAUCUCUCUCUGAGACUGACUCCGCUUCCAUCACAUCGGAUGUCGCCAGCGUGACGUCUCUGGACUCCGACCUCUCUUCGCAAGCCUCCUCGACGGACUCAAUCACUGGAUUGUCUACCGAUUCGGCUACUGAAACAACUUUCACCGGAGCAUCGUCUAUCACCGAUCCUGCGUCGUCUGCUACCAGCGACUCCUCUGCCGAUCCUGACCUCCUCACCCAGGACAGCUCUACGAAUUCCCUCACUGCAUCUGCGACCGAUUCAGCUAGUGACACAGCAUCAACUGAUGUUUCAUCUGCCACCGAUAUCACGUCUGCCACCGACAUUACAUCUCCCGCAACUGGCAGCAUUUCCGUGGAUCCUGAUCUUCAGAGCCUCACCUCAACUGGUUCCGAGAGCAUCUCGACAGCUGACCCGACUUCCUCCGCAUCUCUUACCGAUAGUGCCAUCUCGGCCAGCGGCACGUCUGAGACUGACAGUGUCUCGACUCAAGCUAGCACGACGGAUGAUUCUCUAUCAUCAUUGACUAGCGCGUUGAGCGAUGCUCUCACGUCAUUGGAGUCGACGGCGUCGGAAUCAGCCAGCGCAACAGAUUCGGCCAGUGCUACGGACUCGGCCAGUGCUACGGACUCAGACACGGGCUUGCCAGCUAGUUUGACGUCGAGUGAUGGAGCUUCAGUCACGAGCUCAUCAGCCGACGGCACCACGGAUAUCUCAGCCUCAGCUACUGAGACUGCAUCGGCCUCAUUGACAACUUCAGAAGACGCUAGCAGCUCUUUGGACACGGCAUCGGCUACAGGACCUGCCUCAGCGACGAGCUCGGCUGACGAGGACAUUCUGUCCUCAAUUCUCAGCUCAACGGCAUCUGACGCAGUCACGUCGUCGGAUCCAGGAGCCUCAGCUACGACAGAAAGCACAGCAUCCUUGACGACCGCGGAAUCUUCCAAUGAUUUGUCGUCCGCUCUGAGCUCAACUUCAUCGCCCACGGCCACUCUUCCCGUUGACACCCAGAUUUUGGAGAGUAGCACGUCCUCUUCCACUGAUUUGGCAUCCUCAGAGAGCGCGGCCGCAUCUUCGGCUAGCUCUGCGGCCAGCGAGGCUUCCUCUACUCAAGCAGAGUCGGUCUCCAGCUCCCAGGGUGCCAGCAGUAUCGCUUCUUCAGCCGCCACGAGCGGUCCAUCAGCUACAACCGCGCUCUUCGACACGAUCUCGAUUCCAUACACUGGAUCAAUCGGCGCUUCUGGUACUAUCCCACUUACCACCUUCCUACCGACAGGUACAGGACGUGGAACAGUUGUCGUGGGCACGAACCCUGCCGCCUUUGUGACGUCCACAGUCAGCGGCGCCACGUCGUUGAACGGAGCGGUGGAGAUCGCAAGUCUCGUCACGGUCUCAAUAAUCCCCCCUAUUGGAACCUUGCCUGGAGUUUUUAUCGUGUCGCCUGUUCUCAGAGCACGCUUCCUGACUACCACGGUUCGAUACACGCCUACUGCAGGAGAGCAGAUCACCGCACCGACGGUCCUGACAUCGCUUGAUCCCUCAGGAACUGCUCCUGGAAUCAUCGUCAUCGCCGCCCCUGAGUCCUUCUUCUCAACGACCGACGCGGCUACGUCAGCUGCCACGACAGAUCCAUCAGUCAGUGACGCCAGCACCGACGCAUCAGCGUUGCCCUCGUCACUGCUUGCGACAGCCAGUGAGACGGCAUCAACUUCUGCGGACUCACCAACCUCUGCCUCGGCCUCAGAAGACCCAACGGCUACCAUAUCUGGCUCAACUGGUGAGAGUUCGCUCGCUGCGACACCAACCUCGGAUCCCGCGGACACCAGUUCCGAUCCUUCUUCGGCUACAGCCUCUGAAGACGCGUCUGCAUCCUCGGACGCUCUUCCCGCAAGUCUCACGAGCCUCUUGUCAUCUGCCACUGAUGCCGCCUCAGAGACCCAGGCUACUACAGGCUCUGGCUCUUCAGUCGUCUCUCCGUCGGCUUCCAUCAGCUUGGAUGAUGACUUGACCUCUAGCACCGCCUUCUCUAGGGCUUCUGACGCCGCAACCGAAUCAUCUAUCGUCGCCAGCAGCUCAACAGACUCUGCCCUCGGUCAAGAAACCGCAAGCUCAUCUGAGGGUGCUACCGUGUCCGACGAGAGUUCCUCAGGAGGCUUGACAAGCAACGUUUCACCGACAGCUUCCGCGUCCGAUGAUCCUACGGAAGCAACGCCUGGAAGCACGUCUAUCCCCGAGACUUCAGCCGCAUUAACCGCCUCGGCCAGCGCUACGAGCGAGGCUUCACAGGCACCAACCGGUAGCAGUGCCCAGGAUACCGCGGCUCAGUCAAGCACCGAUCCUUUGGGUGCCACCCUGCUGCCAACGUCGUCUGCCGCAGCUUCAUCAUCGGUUGCCUCAGCAGAUGCAUCCAUUACUUCGGCAGAUGUUACCAGCCAAGACUCCGUCAGCUCUGGUGCAACCACUGCGGCCACGGAUGCGCAGUCUGCGAGUGCUUCGAGCCUUGUGGGAACGUCCACCGAAGCCGGCAUCAGUGCAAGCAGCACACAAGACAACUCAGUCUCGCCAUCCGCCAGUGUGACAGAUGUCACCUCGCAGGCAGACGCGGCCAGCUCUGCGGCCUCAUCGAGCGCAGCCGCUUCAUCCGCUUCAGAGAGUGCUGAUGAUCAGAUCUUCAGCUCCACGGCCAUCUCGUCCGACGCUUCCGUAUCUUCGGCGGCAACAUCGUUGCCCACUUCCGCCUCGAUCGAUCCUCAAAGCCUUACAGCAUCGGUAAGUCCAUCGGAAAGCAGCCUCAUCCCGUCAAGCACGCAGGCUACCGUUGGCUCGAGCACAUCCUCAGCCAUUAAGACAACAAGCACCGAGGAAUCUGCCAUUCAGUCCAGUUCAACUGAACCUACGGCCGCACCUUCCCUCGAUGCCAGCUCCAGUGCGAUUCAGUCCGCAUCCUCGGAGAUUGCAAGCUCGUCAGCGGCUCUUUCAAGCGCAGCUGCCUCUUCUGCUGAGCCUAGCCCAUCCUCGAGCGAGCUUGUAGAAUCGAACAUCUUGAGCUCCACGCAGCAGUCAACGGCCGUCGCACCGACGUCAAGCAACGGUGAAGUCUCUGCUUCCAGCCCAGUGGCUUCGUCUAGCGUCGAGACAUCUGCCUCGGCCUCGUCAGCGGCAAUCUCCUCAGCCAUCCCGUCUUCCAGCAUUUCAGCCACCAGCGGUCCUGCUUCGGUCAGCUCCUCCGUCGUCGCCUCAUCCCCAGAGCUUGACACCAUUAUCCCCAGUUCGACAACUGCUGCAUCCAGCUCCUUGGUGGCGGUAUCAAGCUCUCUGGCUGCGAGCUCCUCGGCCGCAAAUUCGGUUCAAAGCCCUACUUCCUCCGCGGUCUCAAGCCCUGCUAUCUCAAGCGCGCCAGCCACUUCAUCGGAAACAGGCCUGGACAACAUCUUGUCCUCUUCAAGCUUGGCUGAUGUCUCGAGUUCAGCUGCCGCAUCGGCAUCUCAAUCUGCCUCGCCGGCGGCCUCCUCUGCGGUAUCUUCUGCACCCGCAAGCAGCGCCCCAGCAAGCCAAGCAAGCAGCGCAGCUGCCAGCUCACCCGCCAUCUCUUCAGCUGUAUCGUCAGCCAUCUCAUCAGCCGCAGCGGCAGCCAGCAGCUCUGCUGUCAAUCCUUCGAGUAGCAUCUCCGGCCUAGACAACAUCUUGUCGAGUUCCUCGGCCGCCGCCCCCGCAGUUUCAUCCACCGCUGCCUCGCCAGUGGUCUCAUCCUCAUCUCCAGCUGCACAAGCAAGCAGCGCGGCAGCAAGUGCGUCGGCCAGCGCCUCGGCCGUCUCAUCAGCUGCUUCAGCAGCGGUGUCUUCGUCGAUCAGAUCAAGCAGUCCAGCCGCUGCUCCAGCGAGUAGUUCGGCUGAGAGCCCUUCAAGCAGCCUCUCUGGUCUCGACAACGUCUUGGCCAGCUCCACUACUUCGUCUGUCAGAUCAUCAUCUACCCCUGCCUCGGCAUCGGCGGCUUCUUCAACUCAGCCCACCGCCGCGUCAAGCUCCGCCGCUGCAUCGUCUGCGGCACCGGCAGCUUCAUCGUCCUCGGCGGUGCGGUCUUCCUCCGCAGCUGCAUCUCAAAGAAGCUCUGCAUCCCCAUCGGUCAACCCGGCGUCCUACGUCACAUCACAGCUGUUCAGCGCCGGUAUUACCGCCCCUACGACCAUAUCAACUGUCGCGCCACAGGGAAGUGUCGCUGGUACAUAUAUCGUAGCCCAGCCGGCGCUCUUCGUCACCUCUCAGGUGUUUAGUGCUGGCAUCACCGCCCCUACGACCGUUGCAACUGUCCCGCCGCAGGGCACUGCCGCUGGUACAUACGUCGUUGCCCAGCCUGCGGUCUUCGUUACAUCACAGUUGUUCAGCGCCGGUAUCACGGCUACCUCAACAAUCUCGACCAUCGCACCACAAGGCAGCGCUCCUGGCACUUACAUCGUGGCUCAGCCGGCGCUCUUCGUCACUUCUCAGAUGAUCAGUGCGGGCAUCACCGCUCCUACGACCAUCUCAACUAUUGCGCCGCAGGGUAGUGCUGCUGGAACAUAUGUCGUGGCCCAGCCCGCGCUGUUCGUCACUUCACAGGUUUUCAGCGCCGGUAUCACUGCUACCUCAACAAUCUCGACUGUUGCGCCACAGGGUACCGCUCCUGGCACUUAUAUCGUGGCCCAGCCUGCUCUCUUCGUCACGUCUCGGGUGAUCAGCGGUGGCAUCACCGCUCCCUCGACGAUCUCGACUAUCGCGCCGCAGGGUAGUGCUGCUGGCACGUAUGUUGUAGUCCAGCCUGCGGUCUUCGUCACUUCUCAGGUUCUCUACACUGGAGGUGACCCAGCUGUGACCGCUCCAACCGCGAUCUCGACGAUUGCGCCCUCUGGAACGGCACCAGGCACUGUGAUCGUCGCCUCUCCUGGAUCCUACGUCACCUCACGAGUUCUGUACACUGGAACAAAUACAGCAGUCACAGGACCAACUCGAAUCUCAACCAUCCUUCCGUCAGGAUCAGUGCCCGGAACAAUCAUUGAGGCCGACCCUGCUUCGUACAUCACCACGACAGUACAGUACAGUGGCCCGAGUACUCUGACUGGUCCCGUUGCAAUUUCCACCAUCGCCCCCACUGGAGUCGGCGCUCCCGGAACGAUUAUCGUUGCAACACCCGCAGCAGUCUUCGUGACCUCUCAAGUGCCGUACACUGGUACCGUUCCUCUCACGGCUCCGACCACAAUCGCGACUAUAGCUCCUAGCGGAACGAACCCGGGCACAUACCUCGUUGCUAGCCAAGCCCUUCUCUAUGUCACUUCUCAAGUGGCAUACAGCGGAACAGCUGCCAUCACAGCGCCUACAACGAUAGCAACGAUUCCACCCAUUGGUACUAACGCUGGCACUUACAUCGUGGCGACUCAGGCAGCCCUAUUUGCUACUUCUCAGGUUGCUUACAGUGGCACAGCAGCUAUCACGGCUCCGACCACAAUCUCGACCAUUGCUCCGGUUGGCACUAAUGCAGGAACUUAUAUCGUGGCGAACCCGGCCCUUUUCGUCACCUCUCAGGUGGCUUAUAGUGGCACAGCUACCAUCACAGCACCUACAACGAUAGCAACUAUUCCAGCAGUCGGCACGAAUGCAGGCACUUACAUCGUGGCGACCCAGGCAGCCCUUUUUGUCACCUCGCAGGUUGCGUAUAGUGGUACGGCAGCUAUUACAGCUCCAACUACGAUCUCGACAGUUGCUCCUGUUGGCACGAACGCAGGCACCUACAUUGUCGCCAACCCGGCUCUCUUCGUUACUUCCCAGGUUGCCUACACCGGUACAGCUGCGAUCACAGCACCAACCACCAUCUCAACUAUCGCCCCCGUGGGUACGAACGCAGGCACUUACGUGGUUGCUGCUCGUUUCAUUACCUCUGCGGUGGUAUACAGCGGCGCAAGCUCGAUCACUGGCCCUGUCCCAGUUGCAACCGUACAACCAAGUGGCACGGCUCCAGGAGUCAUCGUGGUUGCUUAUCCGGCUUUGUUCGUCACAUCGACUCAGGCGUACUCAGGAACUAUUCCUAUCACCGGCCCAACAACUAUCACGACGAUUGCCCAGCAAGGUACUGUUCCAGGUACCGUGGUCGUGGCAACUCCGGCACAGCAGGCCUCUUACGUCACCUCAACUCUCUUCCUCACGGCGGCUAACGCAGCCUCAACGACAAUCACAACAAUUGCACCGGCCGGUACGGCGCCCGGUACCGUCGUUGUCGGCCUUCCGGCUCUCUUCGUGACGGUCGUCGGCCCAUACAGUGGCACGGCUACACCAACUGGCUCCACGACAGUUUCCAUUGUUCAGCCAUCAGGAACCGCGCCAGGCACUGUCAGCCGCAGCCGCUUCAUCCAGCAGUCUAUCAACCCUGGUAACCAGAGCUGUCACUGCUUCUUCCUCGUCUCCAGCCGCGGCCGCGUCCUCUUCAAGAUCAUCAACAAGCUCUGCAGCGGCGGUGGCGGCGUCAUCAUCCUCUUCAGCACUAUCCGCAAGAGCUGUGUCAUCGUCUCUGUCAAGCUCCUCUGCCGCUGUGUCUUCAUCAAUACUGUGACAUUGUACUCUAUCAAUCUUGCCAAUGGUGCUCAGACAGUAGUCACAAGCAACCUCGGCGGCGACAACACGCGCAACAUCAACGCCCUUGGUUACAACUCUCGAGAAGACUACAUGUACGCCAUUUCUCAGCCCAACACCGGAACGAGCGACUACCGCGUCAUCCGUAUCCUUGGCAACGGCAACACGACAACAGUGUCCACAUUUACUCAGGCAUCUAAGCUGUACAACGCUGCCUUCAACACCGGAGAUAUCGACCAAAAUGGUCAAUACUGGAUUUCAACCAGCGGUAUCGACUGGUACCAGUACGACUUCUUGCCUGGUUCGGCCACGUACGGAAGACUGGUCGGAUCAGGACUGGUUGACGGUGGAGCCGAUGGGUACACCGUGGGAGACUGGAGUGUUGUCCCUGGAAGCGGAGGUGGAGAUCUUUGGACAAUUGGUGUCAAGAACUUCAACUGCGUCCUCAUGAGAUGGAGCCGCACCACCAAGGACUGGACCAUCGGACAGAGCCUGGGCGCUUUGACCGGAGUCACGUCCGGAACCGCACCGUUCUGGGGUGCUACCUACGCUACGACUGACGGAUACCUCUACGCCGUUGAGAACAACUCCGGACAGGUCUGGAGAAUCGACGUCGACGGAUCAUCUCCUCCGGUUCAACAGACCAGCGUACCGUCUACGAGCAGGAACGAUGGAGCCAGAUGUUUGGACUCGGGAAGCGUAUAA